GAAAAAUCAGUCCACCAAUUUUCACUUUUGUUUGGCAUUAUUUUAAUAUUAUAUAAUAAUAUUCUCCAAACCGCUGAAAGCCUUCUACGCGAGUUCCAACGUGGCGUUUUCUUUCUCUCUCUCUUCAAUUUCUGUUUCUCUCUCUAAAAGUCCUCUCCCCAAACUCAUGAACACACAAGUUUGUACUUUUGUGCUGAUUACCUAACUCUUAUAAGCCCGCAGGCAAACGCUCUGUUGCUCGCCUGCUUAUUUUCACUUCAUUUCAUCUUCUUCUGUUGUUAUUUAGUAUUUUAUUUUUUUAUUUUUUUUCUGGGUUUGCUUCAAAAUCUUCACAAAGUUUUUGCUUCACCCUGAAACACUCAGCUCACAAAAAGAGCAUUUCUUGGGCCUCUUUCUUCUUCAAAAAUUUCUCUCUGAGCUCAUUUUUCAUUGGUUUGGUGUUUAGAAUUAAAAGGGGUUUUUUUUUCUUCUUUGAUUUUGGCUGUUUUGGGAGCUAUGAAGAGAGAAAAGUUGGAUAUGUUUGUGUCUUUCAGUCGGCAGAAGUCGGUGCAUAUACUGUUUGCCCUCGCGAUUUUUUACAUGUUUCUGGUGUUUUACGAGGUCCCUUUUGUUUUCACAACUGUUUCUCAAGAGGUUCGUAAUGGGAUUGGAGGAGGGUCGUCGUCGUCGUUGAAUUCGAAGUCUUUCUUGCUCGAGAUAGACGAGAAUUCAGGGAGAAAAGAUGCCCCUGUUCGACCUCUGGAUGUUCCUUUCCGGAUUUCGGAUGAUUCUAAACCUGAGAGAAGGGUUCAAGAGUUUACACACCCAUUAGCUAGCUUGAAUUUCGAUUUGAAUGCAGAGAAUUCCGUGGACGAUGGGUUUGCCGAGAUGUUCAAAACAGCUAAGGCGGCUUAUUCAGUUGGGAGGAAAAUUUGGGAUAAUUUGGAGGAAUUGGCCGGAGCUGAUUCGGAUGGGAUGGCCUCCAAAGUGAAACCGGCGACAAAUGGGGCAGUUGAUGAAGCCUGCCCGCAUUAUAUUGCCAUGGGAGGGGAUGAAUUUUCUGGUAAGAGGGGGAAGUUGAUGGUUCUGCCAUGUGGGUUGACACUAGGUUCGCAUAUAACCGUAGUUGCCAAGCCUAAAUGGGCUCAUGCUGAGCGUGAGACCAAGAUUUCUUUGUUAAAAGAAGGUCAGCAUAUCAUGGUUUCGCAGUUUUUUAUGGAAUUGCAAGGAUUGAAGGCGGUUGAUGGUGAGGAACCACCAAGGAUUUUUCACUUUAAUCCCAGAUUGAAGGGAGAUUGGAGUGGAAAGUCGGUGAUUGAGAUGAACACUUGUUAUAGGCAGCAAUGGGGUACACCUCAACGGUGUGAAGGCUGGCUAUCAAAAGCCGAGGAGGAAGCUGUUGACGGUCUGCCUAAGUGUGAAAAGUGGAUUCGGGAUGAUGGUAAUCAGACUGAGGAAGCAAAAGCAAAUUGGUGGUUGAACCGGUUGAUUGGCAGAACCAAAAAGGUGCCUCUAGAUUGGCCAUUCCCAUUUGUAGAAGACAAGCUCUUUGUUUUAACUCUUAGUGCUGGUUUGGACGGUUAUCAUGUCCAUGUUGACGGGAGGCAUAUAACUUCAUUUCCCUACCGGACGGGAUUUGCACUUGAGGAUGCUACAGGUUUGACUUUGAAUGGGGACAUUGAUAUCAGCUCUAUAGUUGCAGCUUCAUUGCCCACAUCGCAUCCUAGCUUCUCUCCACAAAGACAUCUUAACAUGUCAGCUGUAUGGAAGGCACCACCUCUUCAAGAUAAACCCGUUGAUCUUUUCAUUGGUAUACUUUCUGCUGGAAACCAUUUUGCUGAGCGCAUGGCAAUCAGGAAGUCCUGGAUGCAAGAUAGACUUAUCAAAUCAUCAAAAGUUGUGGCCCGUUUCAUGGUGGCACUGAACCCGAGAAAGGAAGUGAUAUUGGAGUUAAAGAGAGAAGCUGAUUUCUUCGGUGAUAUAGUCAUUAUUCCAUAUAUAGAUCAUUAUGACCUUGUGGUGCUAAAAACUGUUGCCAUUUGUGAGUACGGGGUUCGCAAGGUAGCUGCGAAAUAUCUUUUGAAGUGCGAUGAUGAUACAUUUGUGAAGGUAGGUGCAGUUCUUAAGGAAGCAAAUAAGAUACCUCAAAAUGAGAGUUUAUAUAUGGGCAACAUCAACUUCUACCAUAAGCCCCUGCGGAGUGGUAAAUGGGCUGUAACGUAUAAGGAGUGGCCUGAAGAAGUUUAUCCACCGUAUGCAAAUGGUGCAGGCUACAUGGUUUCGUUUGACAUCGCAAAUUUCAUUGUAUCUGGGUUUGAGAAACAGGAGUUAAGGGUAUGCAUCCUUCCUUUUCUCUAUUUGGUUAAUAUGUCAUGUUCGUUAUUGCCCCUGUUAUCAUUUUAGUUAUUCUCAUGCUUUUGAGUGCACGCACACGAGCAUUCAAGUUACUCAUCAUCAAACUGAUAAUCUCAAGUAGACUCCUGAUUACAUUCUAUGCAUCAGCUGCGGUAAAGCAAAUGAGUAUUUACCUGCCUGUUCAUGAGAACUGUGUUUUUUUUAAUUAUAUGCAGCUUUUCAAGAUGGAAGAUGUGAGUGUGGGUACAUGGGUUGAGCAAUUCAAUACCACUACGCCAGUGGAGUAUGUGCAUAGCCUAAAGUUUUGCCAGUUUGGAUGCAUAGAAAAUUAUCUUACAGCCCACUACCAAUCUCCUAGGCAGAUGCUCUGCAUGUGGAAUAAAUUGCAGCAGCAGGGAAAACCUCAAUGCUGCAAUAUGAGAUGAUACCUGGGUCAUCGUAGGAAGAUAAGGCAUUGACUACAACAACGGUUCUGAGAAAUUUACCUUGAUGAACAAGGGAUCAAGGAAGUUUUUGCAGGUAUAGAAUCAAAUCAAGCUGUGUAAAUUUUUGAGAAGCAAAUGCAAUAUAGAGAAAGAGAACUUUUCUGGGGGUUGUAUAAUGUGUUAGAGGCCCUUCAAAAAUUCGGUGAUUUUACGCCCCUCGUUCGUGUUGAUGAAGAAGGGAAAAGUGGAGGUAAUAGGUUGAUGCCUGAUGGGUCUUAUGCAAAAAGUAAUUUACGCUACCAUAUAUAGACACCCUUUUUGUCCUGUAUAAAAUAUCAUAGAAUGGCAAGAGAAAGUCAGAAAGAGGAGAUUCCAAAUUGCUUUUGCACUUGUGGGAAAUGGCCGUUUUGCUGUUCAUUUUUCUCUUCUCCUUAUUUCUUGUCUGGCAAUGAUGGGAACCUUUUACCAUUAUGAUUCGCUUGAACUGUGAUAAAGAUUCUCUGGCUCAUAGGAUUUUUAAAAAUAAAAAAUAAAAAAAAAGGGUUCAAGUAGUGAAAAGAUCGUGGCCAGACGCUCUAAUCAUUAAGUCAACGAUUCAUUCUCUCUGAAUUACGGUUAAUAUUACCACAACAGAAACAUGUGUAACGUUGGGGUCUGGUGGAUAAGUGUACGUUGCUUUAACUACAUUUAAAAGAUGAGAUAUCAUUAUAAAGUGAAUAAAUUUGAAC